CAGAAAAACGAUCGUCGCUGCGUGUGCGCAAGGUGGAUGCGCAGAAGAUUAUUCGCCGACCCUGUUACACGUUCCAGAAUCCAGAUUGCGGAGUCGACGCGUGCGUUUUUGCCAAUUUGUGACAGAAGACCAGUUCUUACGAGUCUUCGAAACCGAAACCGCGCGUUGUUGAAGCGUUCGAUGUCGUCCUCCAAUGGGUCAAGCAGACGCGUCACGCUGUCGCUGAAGCAACGACUGGACGUCAUACAGAAACUGAAAACCGGGGUCCCGGAUACCGUGUUGGCCAACGAGUACGGCGUGAAGACCGCGACCAUUCACCGAAUAAAAAGGAACGAAGUUCGAAUACGCCAUUUGACGCAGUCGAUGGCAAAGCAAGGUUUCAAGAGACGGAGGAUCCGGAAACCGUUGCAGAACGAACUGGAGGCUCGUUUGUACUCCUGGUUCCUCCAACGACGCGCUUUGGGCGAUCGAAUUAGCAACUCGUUGCUCCAGAAGAAGGCAAAAGAACUGCACGAGGAGUUUGGCGGGCCGUCUUUGUUCAGAGCCUCUAACGGUUGGGUAUGGAACUUCAAAAAUCGCUACGACAUCCGUUUGUACGACCACCACCAUUGCUCAACCACGGAGCCCGACGCGAUGACGUCGGGCCAAUUCUCUCAAAACUUCUUUCAGCGCCUGAUGAUGGAGGACAUAAAACCUCAGAACGUGUACAACAUGGCGGAGACGAGACUGCUGUGGAAGGUUCUUCCCCUGCGUACGGUGUUCCACGCGAGCGAACGUAACGUCUGCGAGAAUAAAAUAAAGAACGAUCGUGUCACCGUCGGACUCUGCGCCAAUGCAACCGGCACGCACAAAUUACCGCCGCUUUUUAUUUACGACUUCGAGAAACCGAGAUCCCUGAAGCAUUGCUGGACUCGAUUGCCGCUCGUGUUCAAGGAUCAGAAGAACGCUCGGAUGACCACGGACGUGUUCGUCAACUGGCUGAAGAACCACUUCAAACCAGCAGUCAACAAGCACCAGUUCGAGAACGGUAACCGCGACAAGGUGCUGUUGUUGAUGGACAAUUCCACGGUCCACGCGCUACCAGCAGAUUUGCAAAUGGAGGACGACAGCGUAGAGGUUAUAUUUAUACCGGAGAAGAUGGCGGCGGCUCUGCAACCGAUGAGUCAGGGGAUCGUUUCCAAGGUGAAGAGGUCUUUCAGGCACAACAUGCUGAGGAGGAUCAAAGACCUUCCUCGCGGUAUUGUGGAAUUCUACGCGGACUACGACGUGAAAGACUGCAUGGAUUUCGUCGACGAAGCUUGGCUAGACGUGGAGCAGGAUCAGAUACGCAGAUCGUGGACGAAUCUGAUGGGGGACCAAAGAACGGAGGAAGAGGAGGAGGUGCAAUCUCAGCUCGCGUUGGAUGUGAGAGAAAUCAGUGAGACGAUGAGAGCAAUCGCAGGGGAGCCUGUACCCGAAGAACGGGUUCGGGAAUGGCUGUCCUCCUGCGAAGCAGCUGAACUAGAUCCAGAAAAUGUCUACGACGACGAGGAACAGUCUGAGAAACAAAGAAAAGACCCAGAGUCGGAAGAGACGGAUCGGUUCUUCGCGAGUUUAGUUUUCUGGUCUCUGACGCAACCACCUUAUGUUCAGAUGCAAGUUCAGAUGCUGAAAGAUUAUUACGAUCAGGGUUACAAGUAAAGUGGAAUGC